AUGUCAACUAUUGCCCUCGAGACGCCGCUGGCCGAAGCGCUGAGUAGCGCUGUGCACUCCAAGAUUGUGGAAGAAGGCUGGACACAAGAUGACGACACUUCGUUAGCCGAAUAUAUCGUCCUCAUGCUCGCAAACGGAAAGACCCAGAAUCAAAUCGCAUCAGAGCUUGCUGGCGAGCUGUUGCAAGAUGCCAAAGGAACCACCGAGUUCGCGCAGUGGCUGUUCGACCAAGUCAACCUUUUGUCUGGCGGCGGCGCAGCUGCUCCUGGUCCGGGUACAACAUCACAAUCAUCAGAACAACCCCUGCAGGGCGAGGCGCCCAGUUCACUACCGUCGGGCGCGACAGAAAAUGGAACCUCCUCAAUACCUGCCGCCUAUGACAUGGACAUGGUUGACAAUGCACCUGAAAAUGCACCUCGAGGCCCUAAAGGUUUACACGGUGGCCGACCCGCCGGCAGAGGUGGGCGAGGCGGUGCGACCAACAAAUCCGGCGAUUCAGCUUUACACCGAGUCCGUGGCAACGACCGUAUAAAUACUCACGGCAACGUGCGCGGCGCGCCGAAAGGACCGCGCAAUAUACAAAACCGAGACGUACGUCCGGGAAUGCAAAAAGCAUUGAAUAUGGGCAUGACUGGUGCUAGUCAGGGCAUGCAAAAUCCAAUGAUGAUGAACGGCCCACAACAAGGUCAAGGGAUGAUGCAGAUGACGCCGCAGCAACAGAUGGAAUUUAUGGCUAUGAUGGAACAACAGACGCGCAUGCUGGCACAGUUUACUGGAAUGAUGCCGGGAGCGGCGAACCCUGCAUUCUCCCAAGGCGCCAACCAGCCAAACCACCAAGGUCGGUCACUGUUCGAUAGAGUCGAGUCAGGGCGUGGCCGGGGCAGUGGUCGAGGUCGGGGUCGGGGAGGCAACAGCCAGAAUGGCCAUGUCAAAUCUCCUGCGAAAGCAAGCGACCAAGACACGGCUAUGGAAGGUGAUGGUCAGACGCAGGGGGCUGAAGCAUCUACGACGGAGGCGCAAACGACCAGUGAGGGCGAACGAAAACCGCAAGACCCGUCCAGCACUAUGUGCCACUUCAAUCUUCGUUGCACCAACAAGGACUGCCCUUAUGUUCACCAAUCUCCGGCUGCGCCCGAAGGAAUCGUUGUUGACAUGUCGGAGACGUGCACGUUUGGCCCAGCCUGCAAGAACUCGAAGUGUGUCAUGAAACAUCCUUCGCCAGCGCAAGUUAGGGCAUUCCAGUCACAGGAGCUCUGCAAGUUCUUCCCCAACUGCACCAAGCCCAAUUGUCCAUUCAAGCACCCGACAAUGCCGCUGUGCAAGUUUGGGGCCCAGUGCAAGACUCCCAAUUGUCCCUUCACACAUCUGCAGGUUCCCUGCCGGUUCAAUCCUUGUACGAACCUGAGAUGUCCAUACAAGCAUGAACCGGGACAACAGAAGACGACCAAUUUUGCCGAUUAUACAUGGACACCGGACAAGCAGACCGAACAAGACGGGACCAAGUCACAUGUCAGUGACAGGAAGUUUGUGGAUGAUCAAGCUGGGGAGGAGGAAUUAAUCAAGCCAGAGACGGGUACAGAGACGCAGAUACGGGAGGAAGUGAUUACUUGA